UGUCCUGGGCUGGGCAGCGGCCCGUUGCGCCGCCCCGCCCCACGCGCGGCGCGGCUCGGCUGUUUGUUUACGCGCGCCACGCCGGGCCCGGGAAGAGGCGGCCCGUCACUCACUCUCCUCCUGCAGCAGCUCCUCGUGUCUUGCCGCCCAGCCAUGAGUGCCGCAGGUAAAGGCAUGUGGGCCUCCAUGGUGUCGCUGUCCCAGGCGGUGCAGCGGGCGGUGGUGGAGACCAGCGGAGGGACACCCGAGGCGCUGGAGGCUGGCCACGACCUGGAGCUGGUCCUGCAGAGGCACCGCAACACCUUCAUCUCCCUCCUGCGCAACCCUCCCAAGAAUGCUAGCGAAAGGCGGACAUUGCAGUGUGCCAAAACAGAACCGGUCACACUGCCGGGUCACUCAGCACCAAUCAAGCUGUCUGAGUCAUUUGUGAAUGAGGCCAUCAUCAUAUCCGACAUGUUCAACAUGAGUGAGAUGUCUGCAAUGUCAUUGCUGCGCUCUGCUGAGGAGGAGUCAACACUUUACCCCGGGGUGGCAAGAGGGCUCAUUGCCAUUCUCUUCUAUUACGACAGCAGAGUCCACCUGGCCAACUCCCUCAAGACCCUGAUCCAGGCUCGGCAAGGCAUCUCUUGGGUGUUGCUGCCUGAAAAUGAAGAACUGUCCCAAAGUAUUACAAGAUACCUGGAACCUAUUUUAACUAUUAAUUUAGUAGAUAGAAUUCUUGAGCUCAUCACAGCAAUGGACAUCACAAAAGAAAUAGAACUUCUUCAACAGAACUGUGCACUGGGGGAUGCCAAACACAGGAAGCUGGUGUUGGAUAAGUUUUCAGCUGUUCGCAUUUUGCUCGCUGAAGCAUUGUUUUGUUGGGCAGCACAGACUCCUCUGAAGAGAGAUGAAUGUCGCCGCCUCUUGGCGCACCUGUCCAAGGUAAAGCUUACUGAGACCAGUGAUGGCUCCCUGGACCCAGUGAAUCUGUCACUCCUUAUGGCCCUGCUCUACAGUCUGGAGGCAGGCCAUUUAUUAGUCUCAGAGGACAUAACAGAAGCUCUUAGUCAGUUUCCAAUAACAAAUGAUAAAAAGUUUGUUCAAGAGAUUCAUAGAGAUAUUAAGUCUGAUCAACCAUGGGAGACUCCAGGCUUGAAGGCCAUUGUGCAGUUGGCUUGGACAGUUAGUCUUGCCAACCUGAGGCAUGCAGUUCCCACUCAUCUUGCUGACAUAGAUGCUAUUUUGGAAGAAGAUGAUGCCAUUUUAAAUGAGGCUCUGAAAGGAAAAGUGUUCUCUUUUAUUCAGAAUUCCAUACUUUCCAAAAAGAACACUCCACUAGAUACAUUUCACUGUCAGCGUCUCCAUGCAAUACUGUCAGACUUCAUCGUCAACUCACCUGACCGAGUCAAAGGAAUGAAAAACAGAGCUGAUGAGAACUCAAGGCUAAUAACAGCCAAUCUCAGAGAGAGUCUGGAACCCCCAACCAAUCUGGACCAGCCCUUUGAAGAGCUCUUGACUUGUUUGGCUGCUCUGUACCAGGAUGGUCAGUGUGGUGAGCUGGUGGAAGAUUACUGGUGCCCCAGUGAGAUCCUGCCCACCGCCUCCCAGCCAUACCGUGGGCAAGGGUCGCGUCAGAUGGCCCUGUUCAAGUUUGUCAGACUUCCUGGAGAUUUCCUGCCUCCCUCACUGUUUGUGCCUUAUGUGAAUUUGCUGACAAGCCUUGCUACAACACCUCGCUCAGCACAGUAUGUGUACAACUUCCUUCUUAUCAACAGUCAGCCACUCUCUCAAGGAAGUAACCUUGCAUGGGACCACUUCAUGACUGCUUUGAAUCAGUACUACAGCAACCUGAGGAUGGAGGAGCCUGGGGCCAUGGACACCAUGUACCGAGUGCGCGGGGCUCCUCGGGGCAUCACGCCUCAGGAGGUGCAGGGACUCCUUGCAGUGCUGCAGCUGCUCUCUCAGGUGGCUGAGCAGGAUGAAUUGUCUCGGGUGGCCCUGUGUGACAACGCUGCCUGGGCCACGUUGUGUGUGUUUGUUGGCCUCCUGACAUGUGCUGUGCCUCUCGCCUUGAAGGUUGAAUUAAUUAAUGCUCUUGCUGCAUUCAGUCGCACACCUGCACUGGCACAGCGUAUUUGGGAGCUGAUUGAAGGAGCCAAGCUGAUUCCUCUCCACGAGGGUGUUGCAGGAUAUCAACCUCGAGGAUUGCUUGUUGAUAUUGAAGAAGUUGAGUCCAGCAGAGAAGAGUUUCCUCUGACCCGAUCCAUUCUAAAGCUGUUAAGUAUUCUUGUGCGGGCAGGAAUCCCGCCCAUGCUGGGAGCAUCUACCCGACACCCUGGCUUUCGCCCUUACUUGGACAUGAUAAGGGACCAAAUAUUUUUGCGACACAAUUCUCGAACUUACCGGGAUGCCAGUGAACGCUGGGCUGUGGCGCGUGGCUGCCUGGAACUAUUACAUCAGCUGUUGACAGAGCAUUUACACCCAAUCCCCACAGCCAUGGACCAAAGAGCCACCCAGCCUCCAGGCUAUGCCAUUCUCCUAGAGAUGGUCCAGGAAUCUCAACUACAAAAGCAAGUUCUUUCAGUUUUACAUGAUGGAGUUCAUCUGUUGGAGCUGUACAAAGAAAUACCUGGACAGAAAGAUCUCCAUGCUAGCCUGUUGUUGGUAGUGCAGCUGUUACUCUCUGCUCAAGAACACCAGCACUUGGUACUUGGACCCUCAACCAAACCUGAGGUGGUGCUCUGUGUGGAACGUUUGUUGAUGGGGAAUAACAUGCAUUCUGGAGCCAGUGAUCACCUCCUGAAUGUGGUGCGGUUGGUGGGCCAUCACCAGGAAUUGCCCAAACAUGCUGCAUUAGCCUGCCAACUGUUAGCCAACUCUGCUGCAAGACCCAGCUCACAGUCACAUCUCCUGUCACUAGUCACUGCCACUGCAGCAACAGCCACAGCUGUCAGACACAGCUUUGUGGAAGUGAUUGACCAUGCAGCUUUAAACUUUCCGGAACAUUUAGAGGCUGCAGAUGCAGCAUUGAAAUUACUUCUUAAAUUUCUCAACCUCCCAACACCAAAUGUUGCUCAUUUCUUGCUGGGUUACAUUGCCGACGACAUGACUACCCUGAGGUCUGACUUACUGGAUGCCGGGGCCCGUGGGUAUCCUCGCACAGCACUGCAUGCAGUUUUGGCAGCUCUUCCUUCUUGCCCUCCAAGCCUGUCUGAAGUUGCUUAUAAAUUGAUUUAUGAACUAUGCAGUGAUAGCACAACAUCUGCUGCCACCUUGAGAUAUCUUCGAUCUUCGCGGGACCUUCUUUAUCGAACCGUUGCCAGCAUGGGGCCACCUCACAAUGAUUCAAAACUACGUCUCCUAUCACAAGGCUGGAUUCUCCGCUGUGUGGCUCUGGAGCUGAGGUACCACGCAACACAUCAGCAGCGGUCCCAGCUAGCAAGGUUAAUUCACUUACUGGUGGCAGGAGCAGAACUCGCUCAGCAAGAGCCAUUGGAUGUUUCUCAGGGAUGGGUUGGAGGCAUCAGUGGUGGACGCGGCCCCCUUCUAACACUGCUGGAUGCUGUUGAUCUCAGUAUAGAUUCUCCACCUCCUCUGCAGUGUGAGUAUGUGCCAAGAGCAUCAGAACUCAUCAGCAGCUGUGAAAGUUCAUCUACAGAAGGACCCGUUGUUAAUCUGAAACUGCUUCAUCAAAAGUUAAGAUCACUCAUACAGGAAGGGAGUUCAGGAGCUUCCUUGAGUCCACAUGACCCUCUGCAAGAAGAAUUGGAGAAUGUCAUGAGUCAUGCUUUGUGUCUCAACCAGACAAGGGUGCUCCUCUUUGCCCACAGACACUUUUUGGAGGGCUGGAGACAAGUUGUUGAGGUUGUUGUAGCUGUAACUCCCCCAGACUUAAUAGAAACAGCCACUCACCACACUUUCCUCCACACACUGACGCAUGAUCUGACCCGUCGCCUGUUGGAUGACUCUGCCCUCCCUUCACUCACUACCCAGCUGGUGUCAACACUGCUCAUGCUCGUUACAACUCUGAGAACUCUUCAUGCCAGACCAUCACAUCACCAUCCACAGUAUAUCUCCAUGCUUGAUAGUGGAAAUUCCUCAGUUCAGGCAGAAUUCCCUUCAUCACUGCAGCUGGUGUUACGUGGACUCGUGGAGUGUGUGGCAAGAUUCAAGCAGUGUAACCAAGGCGUUCGUGCAUCCACUUAUGCUGCCUUGCUCAACUACUUGCAGAUUCGAGCAGACCCUCUAGACAAGCUUGGAGAGAGCUCGGACACUUACCAGUCUCUGUUAUUAGCGCCAAAUGAAACUCAGGAGGAGCAGUUUCACAGAGAAAAUUAUGAUGUCGUCCGGGAAGAGCUGCCACAUCUGGUUGACAUACUGGCAAUAGAAGCUGGAGUGGGCCACCAUGUAUGUCAAGUGUUGGCCUUGACUUGCCUCAGCAGUCUGGCGGCCUUGGAGCAGCGGGCGACACCCCUCACUAACGACUCACUGUUGCUCUCUCACCUAACUGACCACGGACACUUGCACCGACUGCUGGAUGCUCUGAGUUCUGACGACCAAAAGCUUCUGACACUCCUCACUGCUGAUGAUGAUGACAUGCGCCCACUCUAUGUGUAUGAGGCGCGCAUGUCUCUCUUGGCUCGCCUGGCUUUGUCUCCAACUGGCGCUCAGCAGUUGCUUCAGUCGGGACUGACCACCCGUCUCUCUGAAAUGGAGGCCUUGAGCUACCGUCCUAUUAGGUACAUGCAGUCCACAGGCAGUGAAGAUUUUCUACCGAGCACUGUCCAGCGAUACCAAACUGUGUUGAUGGCAGCCCUCAGAGUUUAUUUGGCAAUCCUCACCUCCCUGGGAAGCGAUAACUAUUCAGCCACAGCCCAUUUGUUGAGAUUCCUUGCAGCACACAGUGAGGCUCUUGCUAGUGGACUUUUUGUGCCAAAUGUUCCUUCUCUGCAAGCUUUAGAGGAAGUAGCUUUGUUAUCAGCUGCUGUUGCUGGCGCUGCUGCUCCAGGCCAUCUUGCAACCAUAGAUCCAUCAAUGUUAGAAUCUGGAGCACAAGGAACAAGACUCCAGAAGCUGCUGUUGGCAUUGCUCCCACAUGUCCUUCCACAGAGCCGCCUGGCCGGGGCUCUGGAAGUGUUGCCAGAGAAUGAGGAAGGUGUAAAUGUUAGGGAAAUGGCACGCACAGCUAUCCUAACCACCCUUGCUUCUGUCUUGAAUUAUGCCACGUCCCAGCUUAUUCAUGGCAGAGCAGCUGCCCGUGAUGUCACACUCAUGUUUAGAGCAUCAAUGGACAAUGGCACGCCAGCAGGAGUAGUGGGAAGGCCGCUUUCAUUGGCAGUGCUAGUAGAGUGUGCCAGCCAAGUCAGUCAGCACUUCUUUGUGGCCAGGAAUGCUUGUGAAACUGCUACGGCUCAUUUACAAGCACUGGAGGGUAACCAGCCCGUGGAACACCUGCGCCAGUACGUGAGCAGCACCUUGGCCGACUCAGCCUCUCCUGCAGCUGUUCGGAGACUAGCCGAGGAUCAUCUCAGUCAGGUGGUUGCCAUGCACAGGCAGCAGGAGCAGCUGGCUGUCCAUGCUGCUGAAUCUGCAGCUUUUCUACUCUGGAAGCAUCUGGAAUAUUUCAUUUGUCAUGCUCCCUCUGUGCCCGGCUCAGCACAGGAAGACCCCACGGGCAGGGAGGUGGGGGUUGCCCGUACCCUUACCUCAGCAGAGGUGGAGAAUUUGCGUAAACAGGCCAGCUCAGCAUUGCAAGAGGUGUUGCCUCGACUACAAAAAGUACAUGAAGAAUAUUCAGUGGAAAAAGGUCAUGUUGCCUUCUUAGCCGCUGCUGUGACAAGAAUCAGAAGAAUUUUGGUUCCAUAGUCUGAUGGUGAAGGAAGGGGAGGAGCUUCUUUUUAGACACUGGUCAUAAAAGUUUGAGUUGCAGUCGACUGGCAUUGAUUGUACGUGACCAGCACGUUAGCAGAUGUGUUUAGCCACUUGAAAAGCUUUCAUAAAUUGCUUCAGCUUGUUCAUUUUAUUAAGUGAAUCCUUGUUUACUGUGUAUCUUGCUGUUAAGGGAAUAUAGUUGGGUCAUAGAAUUUAGUGUACAUGUGAUGUAUCACUGCCAUCUUCUCAUUAAGUGUUGAUUUUGUUUAAAGUUGGGGAAAUGUUUGUAUGAAUUACCAGAUUGCUCUUCAUCACUUUACGUGACCAUCUUUGCCUAAUAAGUUAUUGUUGCAAGCUGGGUGGAGAGGAACUUUAUUUUUUAAUAGAUUUAUUUAUUUACUGAUUUUUUUACAGUUAAGGAGGCAUUCAUAUUGUAGAAAAUAGAAAAUACAGUCAAAGUAAGGAUGAAGAUACUGGCAAAAUCCUGCAUUAGGAAUUUGAACAGCAUAGGUGUGAGCUAGAGCAGAUAGUUGUGUGAGUGCGGCCUCAGGAGGGGUGGAGGCUUGUAGUUAGUAAGUUAAGAAGAGCAGUUAGCUGUGUAUGUAAUGAGUUAGGAAGCAAGAAAACUUUAUUUCAUUAUAAUUUAUCCUUGUAUUCAGUUAAUGUAAUUUAUUUUCCAUAAUUCCUUUUGUACAGUAUUUUGCUUAUUGUUUCUUUGAUCAAACAUGAUUAUAUGAGGCAUUCUGUUAAGGUUCAUUCGAAUAGACUACAUUUGGAAAGCAGUGUAUCAAUAUUCUGUGCUUAAUACCCGAUAUGUUUCCCAGUGUUUUGAUAUUUUGUACUGUGCUAAGUAGCCUGGCUCAGUGAGUUAAUGUUAUGUGUGGUGGGGCAUUGUCAGACGCAGAAGAGUCAUGUUCUCUUUGCUCUAACUGGUGCUUCCUGUCUUCAACUUAGAUGUUUUUGUAAUUAUCUCGUAUCACUUUGUUAUCCCACUCAUUAGACUGGGUUGUCCCUCCUCAAGUGUGUUCUGGCCAUGCCCUCACUAUGUAUUUGCUGCAACCCAACUAAGCCCAUAAACCCUGCCCCCUCUCUAACCCUCUACCCUGAGUACAGUAAACUCCAGUUCCAUGGUAAUUUCUCUCCUAUGAAGAUGGCAACCUCAUCCACUCAGCAAUGUCUCCAGAAAGGACAGGGCUUAGGGGACCAGUUGAGUGGUGGCAACUAUGGUGUCCUGUUUUAAUCUUUGCCACAAUCCGACAGCUUUGAAGGCAGUGUGGGUGGGGCCUGCUCGGGGAGUUCCCUGGCCAUAGCGCUGCCAAAUCUUAUUUAAUAUAUUCAGAAUAUUUGAUACACAAUUUCAAAUAGUUCAUAGAUGACAUAUGAGGGAGAGUCAUGUCUUGGGGGUGAUGCAGCAGCGUUGUGGAGAGGUUCAGCCCCCACCCAAACUGACCAUAUAUUUGUGUCGGACUAUAGGUAUUGUGCUUUUUAUCAUUGGUACCAUGUAUAGAAAACAAUUGUUGCCAGUAAGAGCCUAAUAUGUACAAAUUUUUCAAAAUGGAUCACUGACAAGUAUUUAAAAAAAUGAUGAUGAAAAGCA